AUGUCAUCUGCCCAUCCAAGCAACACUCAUCAAUUCGCUCUCUUUGAAACUGCUCAUCACACCAAUUUGUAUUCAAAAUUUAGACCCACCUAUCCUGCCUCUCUGUACGAUGAAAAGAUCAUGCCCAAGAUUUCAUCCAUUCCAUCCGAAAAGCUUGUCAUUCUUGAUUUGGCAUGUGGCAGUGGACAGGCAACCUAUGAUCUAUGUCAAAGAAAUUGUAAAUUAAUUAUCGGAAUUGAUCCCAGUUUGAAUCAAAUUGCAAAUGCUUUGAAUCAUCCUCGUAAGAGUUCAGUUCCUUCCGAUUGCAAAGUUUUCUUUGAAGUUGCUGCUGCUGAAGAUUUGGAUCAAAUUGUAGAAAAGUACAAGACCGAAUUAUUGGAUGGAAAUCAACAAGAUACGAACGAUGGAGUGUUUGAUCUUAUUACAGUGGCUCAGGGUGUGCAUUGGUUUCAUUUUGAGAAGGUUUUUGAGCUUGUGAAAAAGUACUUGAAACGAGGAGGUGUGUUUUGUGCAUGGGGAUAUGUUUCGAAUGUGUUCGAGAAUGAACAAGCACAACAGAUAUUUGAGGAAUUUUACAAUGGAGAAGAAUUAAGAGAGUUUUGGUCCGAACGAAGACGAUAUCUCGAUGAAGCCUAUAAAACCAUUCCUCACAUUCCAUUUCCUGAGAAUAUCGUAUAUGAAACACAUUGGGACAAGUCCAAAAUAUCACUCUCGAAUUAUAUUGGAUAUUUAAAUACAUGGAGUGCUGUGAAUGCGUAUGGAGAGAAGUAUGGCAUGAUUGAACGUGAGCAGUUAUUAAAUGAUCAUAAAUUGAAAAUGAUGCGUGUAUUGGGAUUGAAGGAUGAUGAGGAUCUUAUCGAUUUCAAUUUGCCCUAUGUUAUGGUAUCUACUAAAAAACCUUAA